GAAAUGAAAUUUAAAAAUUUAAUAUACCCGAUAAUUAUACAACCAACGCAAAUAAAAGAAAUGCGUGAAGUUAUUGAAACACCAGAGGCAUUGAGAAUGGGUGCGAGCAUGACUUUGAUUGAGCUUGAGGAAACAUUAAAGCAUUAUAUUAAAAUAAAAUCUGAAUGUAAUACAAGGAUUUUCAAGGAAAUAAUAAAUAUGUUACAUUGGUUUGCUGGAAAGCAAAUAAGAAAUGUUGCUGCCGUAGGUGGUAAUAUAAUGACUGGAAGCCCAAUAUCAGAUUUAAAUCCGAUCUUUAUGGCUGCAGGUAUUAAAUUAAAUUUAUGCAGUUUGAAAUAUGGAAGUCGAACCAUACCAAUGGAUCAUACCUUUUUCGUCGGAUACCGACGUAACGUUGUUUUGCCUGAAGAAAUAUUAGUUUCUAUUGACAUUCCCUUUACAAAAGAGAAUCAACAUUUUAUUGCCUAUAAACAAGCAAAAAGACGAGAUGAUGAUAUCGCCAUAGUCAACAUGGCCUUAAACGUAUAUUUUAUUCCUGAUACAAAUAUAAUUCAAGAAGCACAUAUUGCAUUUGGUGGCAUGGCGCCUACUACUAUCUUAGCAAGACAAACUUGUCAGAAAAUAAUUGGAAGAAACUACUGAAUAAACAUACAUGAU